AUGUCUGGGGGAAACAAUACCAAAAAACAACUCAUUGAAAAAAUUAACGAAUUGAUGGUGACACUUCAAGAAAAAAAUGAAGUCCAUGCUAAUGAAAUCAUAAUUGAGAAAAAUGAAGAACUACGAAGAAAAUAUGAAUACGAAUACAAUGAAAGAUUGAAAGAAAAGGAUAAAAUCCAUAAACAUGAAAGAGAAGAAAGAGAACGAACAUAUAAACGUGAAACUGAUCUCUUACAACAAACCAUCGAUCGUUUGGAACAAACUAUUCACUCCUUUCAAAUUGAUGAGAGUAGUUUCCCCUAG